ACACUCAUUCCUCCCCUCUAUCUCUCUCUCGCUCUCUCUCUCUCUCUCUCUGUCUCUCAUGCACACACACACACACACACACACACACACACACACACACACACACACACACACACACGCCUAUCAGUAGUCUGAAAAUGCUUUUGCCCGGGAAGCUCACACAAUGUCUCACGAAGGUGCAGGCAGGACGGGGAGGAUGUGGGCGGAAAGCGGCGAGAAAACAAUCCCAUCUCGCAGUGGAUGAGGAUGCAGGAUGCAUUUGAUUUGAAGGUUGGAGCGAUGCAAGCCGCCCUGUCCCUCAUUCAUGUUGGACUGCAGGUAUGAAUAGCAUCUCUUCCAAUUCAAUUAAUGGAUGAAGGCAGCCUUGUUGCGGUUUUGACCUGUGGGACUGUGGUGUGGAAGGGAGGGGCGCUAGGAGUACAGCUGGAGAUUUGUUCAUUAAAUUAGAUUUUCUCUUUGGAGUUUGUUUUUUUUGUGUGUCAUCUGCAAGCAAACUUAACUUCAGGGAUGACAGAGGAUUGGAUUAUUUUGUUUUGCACACCAGACACUAGUUGAAGGAGCCUCAUGUGCAUAUGCACAUUUGCACAGAGGAAACAAAAAAUGUAAAAAAAUGUUCUCCAUUUGACCUUCGUCCCUGAAGACACAGCAGAGGUGACUCAUUGUAGUGGAAAGACAUGAUAAGACAAGGAUAUGUCCAUGGGAAUACCCUGAUUAAGCCUAGAAAUAAUGAUGCUGGAGUUGCCUCAAAGUUGAGUUGCUACGAUUUUGGAAGGGCUACUUGAUCAAAUCAAAUCAACAAUUCACCAAAAUCUCUUAUUUUGUUCCCCCUUAAAUGCUCACCCAAUGAAUGAAACCACGCUGGUCUGCAGCAAGCGGGCCUAGCAGUGCGUCAAAACAAACGGGAUCACGCAGGGAUGCAGGGACUGACGUCAAGUGAGCCAUUGGAUUAGUCAAAAUCUUGGGAAGGUCAGGUGGAGUUUCCACAAGCUCCGCACUCCUCACUGAGGGGGAGUGACACUCAAAAGUCUUUGCCUUUCACGUGUAAGACUUCUUAUCAUUCAUUGCCGAAGAUUUUGGACACAACAACAUGGCGUCCCCCCAACGUCAGCAACUGUUGCCUCACAACACAGAGGUGAGCUGUGACUCGAGUGGCGAAGGGGGCGUCUCGGUGAGGAUCGGCAGCAGCGUCAAACACAAGCAGGGGGGCGGACCGCUGGGUUCCAUCGGCGGAGCCUUCAUGGCGGGCUCCAAGCACUGCAAGUACAGCAUCUCAUCCAGCUGUAGCUCUGGGGAGUCUGGAGUCAAGAGGACGUUUGUCAAGAGCUACCGCUCGCAAAAGAGGGUGCCUCAACUUUUCGAGAGGUCUGCCGGUCACUUCUGGGACCCAAAGUUUGACUCCUCCAUCCUGGAGGAAGCGUGCAGGGAACGUUGUUUUCCUCAAACUCAACGACGUUUCCGCUACGUGCUCUUUUACCUGGCGACCACCGCCCUCCUCUGGGGAUUUUACUUUGCCGCCAACACGUCCCGCUGCAGCAGGAUAGCAUUUCUUAUUCCCACUGCGACCUUCCUCCUUUUCUGCCUCCUCCUCUUUCUGCUAACGUUUACAAAGUUCUACUCUCGCUGCUACAAUCAAGCAUCCCUGUUGCUCAUUGUCGUCACCUUAAUGCUGACCCUGGCCCCUCAGAUCCAGACGUCAGGCUUCAGAGAUCGAGAAACUCUCACUGAUGUGAUAGAGGUCGAUGAUUUCAGUGGGGCUGCACGCAACCUAUCCUACCUAAAGAUUGUAGGGGCUAGCGCUUGGCCUGUCUGUAUCUCCUCUGUCGGCACCUUCUCACUCUGUAUUGAAGUCCUCCUGUUGCUAUACAGUGUCCUUCAUGUCCGACUCUUUGCUUCCGUCCUCCUCGGGGUCCUCUACUCUGUCUGUUUUGAGAUUUUGGGCUGGUUCCAUGUAACCCAGACAGUAGGAAGUUUGAGCUUAACCCCCGAAAAAGACUGGACUACCCUCCGCUGGUUGGGACCGGCCAAAGCCUUGCUCCACCUGUGUGCCCACGCCAUUGGUAUUCACCUGUUCAUCAUGUCCGAGGUGCGGUCGCGCAGUACCUUCCUGAAAGUAGGACAAGCUAUCAUGCACGGCAAGGACCUGGAGGUGGAGAAAGCCUUAAAAGAGCGAAUGAUCCACUCUGUCAUGCCCCGGAUCGUGGCCGACGAACUGAUGAAGCAGGGUGACGAGGACAUAGGGGACAGUUCCGUGAAACGGUACUCCACAAGCGGAGCGGCCGCUGUCAUCUCCAGCCCCAAGAGCAAUAAACACAAGAAGACCUCCAUCCCUCGAGGUCAGAUCAUCUUCAGGCCCUUCAACAUGAAACGCAUGGAGCCCGUCAGCAUCCUCUUUGCGGAUAUUGUCGGUUUUACAAAAAUGUCCGCCAACAAAUCUGCUCACGCUCUCGUGGGUCUUCUUAACGACUUGUUCGGACGUUUUGAUCGGCUGUGUGAGCUGACCGGCUGCGAGAAGAUCAGCACCCUAGGAGACUGCUACUACUGUGUGGCUGGAUGUCCCGAACCCAGGCCUGAUCAUGCCUACUGCUGUGUGGAGAUGGGCUUGGGCAUGAUCCAGGCUAUCGAGCAGUUCUGCCAGGAGAAGAGGGAGAUGGUCAACAUGAGGGUGGGCGUCCACACUGGCACCGUCCUGUGCGGUAUCCUGGGCAUGAAACGCUUCAAGUUUGAUGUUUGGUCCAACGACGUCAACUUGGCCAACCUGAUGGAGCAGCUGGGUGUAGCCGGGAAGGUCCAUCUCUCGCAGGCCACCGCCAACUUUCUGGACGACCGCUACCAACAUGAAGAUGGACAGGUCAAUGAGAGAAUUGGACAAAGUGUGGUGGCGGACCAGCUCAAAGGCCUCAGGACUUACCUGAUUUCGGGAAGGAAACUGGAGAAGCACCCUCCCUGUAGCUGCUCCCAGCUGGCCGUGUCCGCCUCCGAGCACGCCGAUGUGAAGUGCUGCGCACAGAGAGCGCACACCCCCGAUGGAGCGCCUUCAGCCUGCAGUCUCCCCCCAGAUAGAUGCAAGCCGUCGUGUCCGUCCUGCAGCGUCAUGCUAAUAUCAGGAGAUGAUGAGCUUCAGGAGGAAGGCGACGUGAACCACAGCUGCCAGGAAGACCACAGGACCAGCGACGGCAAGGACUCUUCUGGUCUGAAACGUUCCCCAGGGGUGUCCGCAGGCCGCGGCCCCAAGGCUCACAACGGUCUGCUGAGUCCCAGACCGGAACCUCUGAACAACAGCCAGACGUCGCUGUGCGAGAUGCUGCAGGAGAAGGAGAAGAAGACGUGGGCCGGAGGGACCAUGGGCAUGGACCACUCUGCCCUCAUUCCGCUACGCUCCAAAAACUUCAGGGAGAGAAGCGACGCCCACUUUGUGGAUGUCAUUAAAGAGGACAGCCUGAUGAAGGACUAUUUCUACCGACCGCCCAUUAACAAGCUGUGCCUCACCUUCUUGGACAAGAGCCUGGAGUGUGCUUACCAAAUCAGCUACCGGGAGGAGGUGGAGGCCCAAGCGCCGGUGCAGACCUUUGCCAGCCCCACGUUCAGUUCUUUCCUGGACAUGCUGCUGUGCUCUUCUGUCUUUCUGGCUUUGUCGCUGGCCUGUUUCCUUCGCUCCAUGGUCGCCCGGCUGGCUCCGCCCACACCGGCUCUAGUUCUGACCGCCGUGGCCGCCGUGCUGGAGGCUCUGGCUCUCUUCUUUGCAAUACGUAUGGCCUUCUUCCUGGACAGCGCUCUGAACUGCACGCGGACUCUGAUGAAAGCCAUCUCGGGCUGGAUACCACGUCACCUAAUAGGCGCCGUGGUGGUGUCGCUGCCCGCUUUGACCGUCCUCUCCCACGUCACCUGCGAUAUGCAUCGCUCCGUUCAGUUCACCAUGUUCAUCUGCUGCGCUGCCAUCAUAGCCAUCAUUCAGUUCUGUAACUCCUGCCAGCUGCGCUACUGGAUGCGCUCAAGUCUGGCAACGCUAGUAGGACUGGCGCUUCUUUCACUGCUCUUCACGUCCCCAUGCAGAGUUGCUGCAAGCCUGUUUAUCUGGCCAGACGAGCAGCGCAACAGCAGCAGCAGCUCAGUCCUCAUAUCUGACAGCCAGAUGGAUCAGGACCGUGAGCCGCACCCCAAAGACCUGCUGGGCCCCGAGUCCUGCGUGGCCUUUUUCCUGCUCCUCCUCCUCGUCUGGUUCCUCAACCGGGAGUUCGAGGUGAGUUACCGCCUCCAUUACCACGGCAACGUGGAGGCCGACCAGCACCGCAUCAAGAUCCAGAACAUGAGGGACCAGGCCGACUGGCUGCUCCGCAACAUCAUCCCCAUCCACGUGGCCGAGCAGCUGAAGGUCACCCAGAGCUACUCCAAGAACCACGACAACGUGGGCGUCAUAUUCGCCAGCAUCGUCAACUUCAGCGAGUUCUACGAGGAAAGCUACGAGGGAGGCAAGGAGUGCUACCGGGUCCUCAACGAGCUCAUCGGAGACUUCGACGAGCUGCUGCGGAAGCCCGCCUUUGCCAAUAUUGAAAAGAUCAAGACAAUCGGCGCCACGUACAUGGCGGCGGCGGGGCUCAACGCCCAGCAGUGUGCGGACGCCGCCCAUCCUCACACUCACCUUCGUGCCCUGUUUGAAUUCGCCCUGGAGAUGAUGCACGUGGUGGACGACUUCAACAAGAACAUGCUGGGCUUCGGCUUCAAGCUCCGCAUCGGAUUCAACCACGGGCCGCUCACCGCCGGGGUGAUCGGAACCACCAAGCUCCUGUACGACAUCUGGGGCGACACGGUCAACAUCGCCAGCCGCAUGGACACCACCGGCGUGGAGUGCCGCGUCCAGGUCAGCGAGGAGAGCUACUGCGUCCUCAGCGGCAUGGAUUACGAGUUUGACUACCGCGGGACGGUUAACGUCAAAGGGAAAGGCCAGAUGAAGACCUUCCUCUACCCCAAAUGUGGCGACAGCGGUCCCGUGCCUCAGUACCAGCUCUCCGUCUCGCCGGAGAUACGAGCGCAGGUGGACGGCAGCAUCGGGCGCUCGCCCACCGACGAAAUUGCCAGCAUGGUUCCCGCGAGUGGCACAGCUGCCGGCGGCACCAUGGUGCCCAGCGCCAGCGCCGGCUCCUCCAUCAAAACGGGGCUCUGCCAGGAGAAGGCGGCGUGCGGGGAGAGGGGGGGUGGCCUUCAAUGUCGUCCUUGUCAUGCCAGGCGUUCCGUGUCACACAGCGGCCUCAGCGGCCUGGAGGGACCUCCUCGCUUCCCCGGUAAGAACCAGCUUGCCGUCUCGUCGGCGGGAAAGCUUCGCCAAAACGUAACGGUGGUGUCCCAUAAGGACAAACCUGAGAGCGGAAGUGGUUCGAACAAACUUUAAAGAUUUGCCUUCUACCCUUUAAGCCCCUGUUCUUCGUGGCCACGGAGGCCAGGAGUUGGACCGCCUGCAGGCAGACCUACUUGAUCAUCUACCUUUAAUCUUUCUUUGGAAGUGCCUUUAGCGUAGAACAACGUCUCCACUCCAGCCUUUUUCAAAAGGGAACUGUUUUUCUGGGCUUUACAUUUUUCAGCAUUUUGCUUAUCUUUGCCUUUCUAUGAACAAGCAGACCCGGCACGACGGGGCGGUGUUUGUAAAAAAAAUCUGCAUUUAAAUGCAGCUUUCCCGUGUUGAUCGUGAAAACGCCAAAGCUGCUUGUUAAAGGAAAAGCUCACUUUUACUGCCACUGUACCCAUCGUCCACAGUCCUUAUGUGAGACAUGAACACAUGUCUUUCUCUUUUCUGUGCCUUCUAAAAACAUAUAAACAGCUAAAAAGAGGCGGCCAAUUUUGCCCAGAAACUGAGAAUGGAUGUAGCCUGGCUAACUUUUCCAAUGGGAUGUCAGCCUCUUAUUUUGAAGGCCGGAAGUGUGUUGUGUGAGAAGAGCAUGUCUGUUGACGGUUAAGACGAGCCGGGUGUAAGAAUAAAAAAAAAAAAAAAAAAAAAAAAAAGAAUAAA